GUGUAAUCAAACCAAUGAGAAUCCCCUGCGCGUCUGGCACACGGCAGAGCAACAAACUCUAGGAAGAAGAGAAGCGUAAUUUAGGGGGUGUAUCCCUUGUUUAAGACGCUGUUAUGGUAAAGCCAAUCGCCAGAUGUUUGUGUUCCUCGCUCAGAUUGUGAGACUAAGCAGAACGCCGCGUUACUACGCGGAGGCUGAUUCGCGUAUCCAAGCCACUUUUAGCCAAAGUCUAGCUACACGCGAUCUCUCUCGCCCACUUUACGCGCAGGAUUACGCCCGUUUGCUCGUCUAUUUCGCAGAGCUGCAACGCUUUUCUGUCAUUCUUUAACAGGCAGAAGGAAAUGGCAAAGGAGAGAGGAGCGCGGCUGGGAGAGCGCAGAGGAAACCAGAGCUGAAUGGCAGGAUGCGAGCGACCUGAAGACGCACAAAACCUCGCAUUUCUACAGCGCUCAGACCCUUUUACGCCUUCUUUUGGUUUCCUUCCUUGCGAACGAGAGGAAUUACCACCCCUAUACGACCACUUAAGGAUUUUCUUUUUUCAACAUUUUUCAAAUUUGUAUUAUUUUCACACGCAGAACUCAAGGAAUCGAGGAUGCAUUGUGGAUUAGUGCUGAUCCUCUUUACGGGAAUCUUUCUCAUCGUCAGUGCUUUCAAAAAUGACAAAUGUGGGGACAAUAUCAGAAUCACUAGCGCAAAUUACCUCACUUCACCCGGUUAUCCGGUGUCUUACUACCCGUCUCAGAAAUGCACAUGGGUGAUUACAGCUCCAGGACCGAACCAGAGGAUUUUGAUCAACUUCAACCCACACUUUGACCUGGAAGACAGAGAGUGCAAAUAUGACUAUGUGGAAGUGAGAGAUGGAGUGGAUGAGAGCGGCCAGCUGGUCGGGAAGUAUUGUGGGAAGAUCGCUCCCUCUCCUGUGGUCUCCUCUGGGAACCAGCUCUUCAUCAAGUUUGUGUCUGACUACGAGACUCAUGGUGCUGGCUUCUCCAUCCGCUACGAGAUCUUCAAAACGGGUCCAGAAUGUUCCAGGAACUUCACCUCCAGCAGUGGAGUCAUCAAGUCGCCGGGCUUUCCAGAGAAGUACCCCAACAACCUGGAUUGCACGUUCAUGAUCUUUGCUCCUAAGAUGUCGGAGAUCGUUCUGGAGUUCGAGAGCUUUGAGCUGGAGCCAGACACGCAGCCACCCACUGGAGUGUUCUGCCGCUACGACCGCCUGGAGAUUUGGGACGGCUUCCCUGGAGUUGGUCCAUACAUUGGCAGAUACUGUGGACAAAAUACUCCAGGACGGAUCAUAUCCUACACUGGAAUCUUGGCUUUGACAAUCAACACAGACAGCGCUAUUGCAAAAGAGGGAUUCUCAGCUAAUUUUACUGUGCUGGAAAGGACAGUCCCGGACGACUUUGACUGCACUGAGCCUUUGGGUAUGGAAACUGGGGAAAUCCAUUCCGACCAAAUCAUGGCCUCAUCCCAGUACAACCCCAGCUGGUCUCCGGAACGAUCUAGACUCAACAACCCUGAGAACGGUUGGACCCCUGCGGAGGACUCAAACAAAGAAUGGAUCCAGGUUGAUCUUGGAUUCCUGCGCUUUGUCUCGGCGAUCAGCACACAGGGAGCCAUCUCUCAAGAGACCAACAAGAAAUACUAUGUGAAGUCCUACAAGGUGGAUGUAAGCUCAAACGGAGAAGACUGGAUAACUAUUAAAGAUGGCCCAAAACAGAAGAUUUUCCAAGGGAACACCAACCCUACUGAUGCAGCGAAAGCCAUGUUCCCCAAGCCCACGUUGACGCGAUACCUCCGGAUCCGACCAUACAACUGGGAAACCGGUAUCGCUCUGCGCUUCGAGGUGUAUGGAUGCAAAAUCUCAGAGUACCCAUGUUCUGGAAUGUUGGGAAUGGUCUCAGGCCUUAUCGCAGACUCUCAGAUCACAGUUUCAUCCCAAACUGAGCGCACCUGGGUGUCAGAGAAUGCCCGUCUGCUGACCAGCCGUUCGGGAUGGACCUUGUUGCCGCAGCCCCAGCCGUAUGUGGAUGAGUGGCUGCAGAUAGAUCUGGGUGAGGAGAAACUGUUCCGAGGGUUGAUCAUCCAGGGAGGCAAACACCGUGAUAACAAGGUAUUCAUGAAGAAGUUUCGGCUGGGCUACAGCAACAAUGGAUCUGACUGGAAAAUGGUGAUGGAUGCUACUGGCAACAAGCACAAGAUAUUUGAGGGGAAUUUGAACUAUGACACGCCAGCGUUGAGGACGGUGGAGCCUAUAUUGACACGCUUUGUUAGGGUGUACCCAGACAGAGCCACUCCUGCUGGGAUGGGACUUAGAUUGGAACUCCUGGGCUGUGAAACGGAAGUUCCCACAGUGUCCCCUACUACACCCACGUCCUCCACCGCGCCAUCAGACGAGUGUGAUGAUGACCAGGCCAACUGCCAUAGUGGAACAGGUGAUGACUACGACCAGACAGGUGGAACCGCUGCGCCAGAGACGACCACAGAGACGAGCACAGUUCCAGCGUUCCUGUGGUUUGCCUGUGACUUUGGCUGGGCCAGUGAUCCUUCAUUCUGUGGCUGGAUGUCAGAGGACAGCGGUUUCAGGUGGCAGAUCCAGUCCAGCGGCACCCCGACUCUAAACACCGGCCCAAACAUGGACCACACUGGCGGAUCAGGGAACUUCAUCUACACACUGGCAACAGGUGCUCAGGAGACAGAAGUGUCUCAGGAGCCGCAGUGA